AUGGCUAUCCCUGGGAUCCCGCCCAAGAUAGUCGUUAUCGCCAUCGGCCUCCUCUCCGCGUGGCUGUUACAGAAGAUCUUCUCCGGUAUCUACAACGUCUUCUACCACCCGGUGGCUGGGUUUCCAGGACCCAGGGCCGCGGCAAUCACCGCCUGGUAUAAGACAUAUCAGGAGGUCUUUCGUGGACGGUCAUGGAUUGACGUGUUACAGGAGCUGCAUAAGAAAUAUGGCAAGAUUGUCCGUGUUGGGCCCAAUGAGCUUCACUUCUCCGACCCCUCGGCAUAUCAUGAGAUAUAUAACAACAACAACCGAUGGGACAAGGAGGCAGGCCUCUAUCACAGCUUUGGGGAAGACCGCUCGUCCUUCGGCUUCCUGACGUACGCAGAAUCCAAGCAGCGAAAAGAUGUCAUGGCUCCAUUGUUCUCUCGCCGGGCAAUCUACGAGCUACAAGGCCUUGUUCAGAGUCAUAUUGAUCGAUUGUGCAAAGUCCUAGAGACCAACAAUGCCGCAGGAAAAUCCUCCGACCUUUUCUUUGGGCUCCGCUGUUUUACCAUGGACACCAUCACGUCGUUUUGCUUCGCUAAGUCCGUGGAUGCCAUCUCCGAGCCGGACUUCAAAGCUCCCAUCAUCGAGGCCAUGGAGGCGUCCUUGCCGGCAUUCGUCAUCUUCAAGCACUUCAGCCUUAUCCGCAAGGCAGUAUUCAACAUGCCACCAUGGCUCAGUGUCAUAACUAGUCCACAGACUUCAGGCCUGAUUCACCUUCAGCAACUGCUCGGUUCUCAAGUCACGGAGGUUCUGAAUAACCCUGACAGUUUACAGGAUGCGCCGCACCGGAUCAUCUAUCAUGAGCUGCUUGAUCCCAAGGCCCAGAAAGGGGCACCACUUCCAUCUGCUGGCAGUCUGUACGAAGAAGCUCAGGCGUUGAUGUUUGGUGGCGGUGACACGACCGGGAACGGUUUGAUGCUGGGGACUUUCCACUUACUCGAAUCCCCAGCCUUGGUCGAAAGGCUGAAGGAAGAGCUAAGGAGCCAUUGGCCGGUUCUUGAAAAUCCACCCAAGUUGGAAGUGUUAGAGAAGCUCCCGUUUUUGACCAUCGUAGGAAUAAGCGGAAGCUUCGUCCAUAACUCAGCAGAUAUCUUCAAGAAUCCCAAGGACUUCGAUCCCGAUCGCUGGCUCCAGGCAGAUUCGGCAUCUCUAGAAAAAUGGCUCGUUGCGUUCUCGAAAGGGCCUAGAAUGUUCUUGCAAACUGUGAACUAUACCUCACAUUCGCUGCGCUCUUCCGACGCUUUGAUCUCGAGCUUGACGGGACCAGUGUGGGCGAUUUGA